CGACUCAAUAUGUUGUAUGCUCUUUUUCAAGUCGCUUCGACAAACUUGACUCACAUUUCAACCUCAAACCGAAUAGAGAAGCCAAGUAAUGGUUAUGACCACAGCUCUUCUUGCUCUUCGAUUCCAGUUGUCUUUUUUAAUGUACCAACCAUGUCUCUUUCCAUUCUGGCGCAAUUCUGGAACUUUGGCGGAGGCCCAAUCAUAUGGACAUUUGGUCUCUCCACCUGUCGCACCAGUUAUCCGAACGUUUUGGUUGAUCCCUUUUUUCUUUUAUCGCUUGCUUUGGUCGACACACAAACACGAACAGAUAUCGCUUCAUCUGCUUGUCUCGUAUCAGCUGAUCGUUGUCCUCAUACUCUCUUCCCGGGCCCACCGCAGUCCCACUUCUCGCUCUCUACUUGUCCCACUUUUUGCUUACUAUUCUUCACAUGGACUAGCACAUCACGUCAUGAGAUUGGCAGGUAA